GUGAACACGUGGUCAGCCGCUGUUCGCUCUCCCGACCACCCGACCCGCCCGGCCCGACCCGACCUGACCUGACCUGACCCGACCUGACCUGACCGACACCAUGGGUCGCCUCGACUCGGAAACACCCGCCGAAACGUCACCCAUGAUGGGCGACAACGGCGGGAUCAAGAUGAAGAAGGAGCUCGGCGUGAUGAACGGCGUCGCCAUCAUCGUCGGCAUCAUCAUCGGCUCGGGCAUCUUCGUGUCGCCCAAGGGCGUGCUGGUGUACUCGGGCUCGAUCGGGCUGUCGCUGAUCAUCUGGGCCCUGUGUGGCCUGCUCUCCAUGGUCGGCGCCCUCUGCUACGCCGAACUCGGCACAAUGAUCCCUCGUUCGGGCGGCGACUUCGCCUACAUCCACGAGUCUUUCGGCCCGCUGCCGGCCUUCCUCUUCAUCUGGGUGGCGCUGCUCAUCAUCAUGCCGACCGGCAACGCCAUUCAGGCGCUGACGUUCGCCUACUACAUCCUGCAGCCCAUAUACACCACCUGCCACCCGCCAGAUGAUCUGGUACGCCUGGUGGCCGCCAUGGUGAUAUGUUUCCUCACAUUCAUUAACUGCUACAACGUCAAGUGGGCAUCUAUGGUUCAAGAAAUAUUCACUGGUGCCAAAAUCAUCGCUCUCAUUAUCAUCAUAGCGGCCGGGGCGUACGUUCUGGGCACGGGCGAUUUCAGCAAAUACCAGCAACCGUUCGAGGGCACCCGGCUGGACCCGGGCAGGAUCGCGCUCGCUCUGUACUCGGGCAUGUUCUCCUACGCUGGCUGGAACUACCUAAACUUCGUCGUGGAAGAGCUCCAGGAUCCGUUUAGAAACCUGCCGCGCGCCAUCUACAUUUCGCUGCCGCUGGUUACCAUCGUGUACCUGCUGGCCAACGUGGCGUACUUCGCUGUGCUCUCCCCACACGAGGUGCUGGCCUCGAACGCCGUGGCCGUGACGUUCGGAAACCGUAUGCUUGGAGCAGCAAGCUGGCUGAUGCCGUUCUUCGUGGCGUGCUCCACCUUCGGUGGCCUCAACGGCGGCAUCUUCGCAUCGUCUCGGCUGUUCUUCGUUGGAGCUCGCGAAGGCUGCCUGCCGCACGCGCUAGCCAUGAUCAACGUCAAACGUCUGACGCCAGUGCCAUCUCUCGUCUUCUUGUGCUUCAUAACGCUGUGCAUGCUGGCGACAUCGGACGUGUACGCCCUCAUCAACUACAUCAGCUUUGUGGAGAGCCUGUUCAUCAUGCUGUCGACGGCCGGCCUUCUCUACCUGCGCUGGAAAAUGCCUGAUGCGCCAAGGCCAAUCAAGGUUAACAUCGUACUGCCGAUCCUGUUUCUGCUGGUGUGCGUGUUCCUGGUGACGUUCCCCAUCUACAUGACGCCGGUGGAGGUGGGCGUGGCGUGCGGCAUCAUCCUCUCGGGAGUGCCCGUCUACCUCGUGUGCGUUCUCUGGCGGCGCAACGUGUCCUGCUUCGACGCCCUCAUGCAAUCCGUGAACAACGCAAUCCAGAAACUGUCAAACGGCGUGAUUGACACCUCGAAAAUGGACUGACGUCGGAAAACAGCUGUAGCUUGCGUUGUCUCAGGCUACGUCUUACAAUAAGAAAAUGACGUCAUGUGCAACCAGCGGAGUGUGCCAGAGCUGCGCGCUGUGAACGUAACUAACGAGCUCACCAGACUGGGCUGGCAGAGCGCUGAGCGGCGAGCCAUCAAUUUUGCUGGCCGACAACCAGAAACAAUGUCGUGGUGAACACAUCGGGGGCAGAGUGAGUCAGUAUGGCACGUGUCUAGUGGUCGUAAUGUGAGCUGCGAAACUGAUGAAGCUGUGUGAUCCUUGUUGGGGAAAAGUCAUGACAGGUUUGUCGUGACCAACAUGACAUAUGCUGUCGUUAGGUGUUGGUGUUGGGUGUUGGGUGUUGCGUGCGUUGGGUGUUGGUGCGUGCGUCAGCGCUGAGUGCACUGAAUGGUGAAUGAGAUUUGAUAUAACAGAGCGCGCAGACGAAGUGUAUUUUCGAUUCAGUCAAAAGUGGUAGCAAAUAUUCUUAUAUAUUUGCGUGACACCUUCGGUCCAGUUGUUUUCACACACUUUGAAAGCCUUCGGUUUGUACGAAAUGCCGACGUCGCGGGCUAAAAAUUGAGAUGGGCGCUGCAUAUUUCCAAAUAUGGCUUUGAACAGCCAUAAAAGCACAGAGAUGUUUAGUUUUUUGAAGGUUUGUGUUUCUUCCGGCAUGACUGUGGUGCAAUUUCAGAGUAUGCACCAUAUUUUCUCUGCUGACAGUAACAAUGUUUGAUUUGAAAACAGCCAUCAGCCAUGAUGCAUCAUUCGUACCUUCAAGACAUUCCCAUUUGAUGUAUGCACUUCGUCCUUUAAGAUCCUGCAGCCUGGUUGUUACCACCAGGGGCGGGGAAACAUGCUCUCAAUUUUUUCCUAAAGCGAAUGCCAUCCCAAUUUUCGGCGCAAUGCACCUUUAAUCGUUAGCCCAUUACCGUAAAAUAUCAGGCAUGGCUGUCCACUGUAUUUCAAUUUCACGAUUACCGAUCAUCAUUUGCCUCCCCAAUUUCAGAGGCGUGGCUGCACCCAUGUCCUGUAAAGCGUCUUUGGUAUCAUUCUCGCAUAGACCAUAUCUUAGACAAAAAAGGCAUUGAAUAGGAUAGAUGGCGUUAUUCAUGUACCACCUUCAUUGCAUAUUCAACUCCAUUGUAUAUUUUUCAUGGGAUCGCAACUUCGUUAGAGGAGCUAGGUAACGUUUUAACGCGGGUACUCUGGUGCUUGGUCACAAACGCACUGCACUCAUAUUCUAGAUCAAACAGAAUAAGUUCUUUGGCGAUGAUGGGACAUUUUAGGCCAAAAUAUCCCACUGUCAGACUAAACCAUCCGCAGGUAUAUCCAAGUCCUCAGGUUGCAUGCGGCCUAAUGUCGUCUUUAUCUGCUUUAUCACCAAAGGGACAAAAACGAGGCGUGCGAUUUUUUCUCACCAUAACAACACGUGAAUGGGAUGUAUAAGCAAUUUUGCUUUUAGCACGCGCAACAUAAGUUUGAGAUCGAGGCAUGGACACAUAGUGGAGGCGUACCGGCGAACGCUGGUCGAUGCGCAAUUACCCUUCGCACAACGAUCUUGGCACACAACGCAGGAACUGAGUUCUGUGACUCAUUGACAGGCAGGAUCACCCAGCGGCCUUACAUGUGUGUCCUAACGAUCAGUAAUGAAGAGAAUAUGUCUCCAUUUGUUUUGCAGCUUAUGAUUUCCGAAAUAUAUUGUACCCUUUCA